AUGGCCUCAUGGGAUAUUAAAGUGUCCAUCGAAUGCACACUGCAGAAUUUAGCCAGAAGUAUGUCAAAUAUCUCAUCGUCUCCUUGUUUUUCUUAUCACAGGGGCCUUGCGCCGCAGAAUAAACCAGAACUCCAGAAAGUGAUGGAGAAGAGGAAGAGAGACCAGGUGUUGAAGGCUCAGAAAGAGGAGCAGGAGGCGCACAAGAAAAGGUCAGACCUUGAGAUCGAGCUCAUGAAGAGACGAGAAACCCUUGAACAGCUGGAAUUGGGGCAACAUAAGAAUGAAGAGGAGCAAGAAAACACCCCAGAGUUUGUCAAAAUGAAAAGCAAUCUGAGAAGAACCAAACAGGAAGUGGACGAGCAGGAGCGUGCCACCUAGAACAGUUUCCAUGGCACAUUUGUUGGAAAAUGGACUGGGGUUUGUGGGGAUUUCCUGAUGUUUUCCCCCUAUGUGUCCCUAUGAAACAAGUGACUGUAGACGAACGGUUCCUGUUGCCUGCUCGCAGACACAACCAGUAUUCACGCAGCCUCUUUUCCUGAACAACGUUCACAAAUAAAGAGGAUUGAAGAAUAAACGACACACAUUCACACAAACUCUUGCACACUCUUUGCCACUGGUUGACUGGCUUCAAAGAACAUUCAUGGCGGAACAAACAGAGACCACAUGAUUACUUUGUUGGGUAUUUUUUUAUGUUUUGGAAAGGGGGCACAUAUUAUUUUACUAUUUUACUUUAAAGACCUGAAAUGGGACACUGGAUGGACUCUUUUAAGCCAAAACAAUCCUCUUUUAUUUAUGUUCAGUGUAAGCUUUUGUUCGAAAGGGCUUCUCGAGACAUUUUCCUCUUGGUUGACAUUUAAAGGAAAUUAA